UACAGAUGGCUGUCACUUCCGGAUUUGCAUUACACACGUGAGAAAGUUGGAAACACGUUUGUUUUGCAACUAUUGUAUUUAUCCAGAUGAAGUAAACAAAUGCACUUCAUUAACUGACUGGAAAUCAAGUCGUUGGAAGUAGCUAUCUCACAGGUAAUGUGGCUUUAUUUCUCCCUGCUUUCAUACGUUGCAAUUAGCUUUGCCAAGUACCUCAACCAGAAACCUGGUCUCAGAGCAAUUCGUAUUAUUCUGUAUGUAAAUGCGACACACUCCAUGUAUACUGAACAAAAAUAUAAAUUCAACAUGCAACAAUUUCAACGAUUUUACUGAGUUACAGUUCAUAUAAGAAAAUCAGUCAAUUUAAAUAAUUUAAUUAGGCCCUAAUCUAUGGAUUUCAAAUUACUGGGCAGGGGCUCAGCCAUGGGUGGGCAUAGGCCCACCCACUUGGAAGCCAGGGCCACCCACUGGGGUGGCCGAGCCAAUCAGAAUGAGUUUUUCCCCACAAAAGGGCUUUAUUACAGACAAAUACUCCUCAGUUUCAUCAGCUGUCCUGGUGGCUGUGCUCAGACGAUCCUGCAGGUGAAGAAGCUGCAUGUGGUGUCCUGGGCUGGCGUGGUUACACGUGGUCUGCGUUUGUGAGGCCCCGGUUGGAUGUACUGCCAAAUUCUCUAAAACAAUGUUGGAGGCGGGUUAUGGUAGAGAAAUUAACAUUAAAUUAUCUGGCAACAGCUCUGGUGGACAUUGCUGCAGUCAGCAUGCCAAUUGCACGCUCCCUCAAAACUUGAGACAUUUGUGGCAUUGUGCUAUGUGACAAAACUGCACAUUUUAGUGGCCUUUUAUUUACUCCAGCACAAGGUGUAAUGAUCAUGCUGUUUAAUCAGCUUCUUGAUAUGCCACAUCUGUCAGGUGGAUGGAUUAUCUUGGCAAAGGAGAAAUGCUCACUAACAGGGAUGCGAACAAAUUUGUGCACACAAUUUGAGAGAAAUACGAUUUUUGUGUGUAUGGAACAUUUCUGGGAUCUUUUAUUUCAGUUCAUGAAACGUGACCAACACUUAACAUGUUGCAUUUAUUUUUUUGUUCAGUAUAUAUGUUACGUUUCAUAUGUAUUAAUUUGUGGAUGUCCAUCAUCCAUUUCGGAUGACAAUUACGAAUUACAAUUCGUAUUAUAUCUUAGGAAUUUGCUAAACUUAUAACAUUCUAGGCUAGGGGUUAAGGUGAGGUUAACAUGCUAAAUAGUUGCAAAGUAGCUAAGAAGUAGUAACUAGUUGAAAAGUUGCUAAAAUGCUAAAGUUGUCCAUGAUGAGAUUGGUAUCUAUGGGAGAGCCAUCCCUUAAGUAGACUGGAACUGUGCCCAUUUUUUUCAAUGGUAAACUGCCUGAGUAAAACAUCUUAAUUUAUCCACCAGUAGCCCACCGGCCAGCAGAUGGAGCUAUUAUUCCAUUUAGGUUGUUUGUCAUCUGCGUCCAACUGGAAACUAUGCAGUCGGCUAUAUACUUGUCGUAUCCCCUGUUCACUGGCUUGUACAUAAAACAUCCUCCAUUCAGGCUGCAAGGGCAUUGAUUUCCUCCUUGCCUAGCUUUACAGGCGAGCCUGUAAACAUAUACGUGCUGUAAAAAACAAACAUUUCCACCACCAUGCUAGUGGCUAAUGCUACUUCCUGAUUUGGAAAAGUCUAGCGUGUUUUGUUUACAUUUGGAACGUUUACUGACAUUUGCUAUUUCCAUCAGGCCUUUCAUGACAUUUAAAAAAAUCCUACAUGUACAUUUAUCCUAAAUGCGCAUAAAAGGUUGGAUGGAAACCUGGUUAGUGGCAUAUCCCAUCCCUGCAUUGAGGUAUGUUUUCCAACCCAUAUCUCUCGCCGGCUCUGUGGUGUCUUAAUCUAACCAUGAUGGCGUUCCGACUCCAGUGCAACUCAGUGUAAACAAGUUGGAAUCUGCUGGCUAAGUCGGCUGCAUAGAUUCCAGUUGGACGCAGUUGACAAAUGACGUAACAUUUUGAAAUGAACCUCCGACUCCUUUGAGUUGCUAUGCGUCAAUACUUUAAAAAAUGUACAUUCUUAAACCAUUACCGUGUACCUAUGUUUGUCCUCUGUUGCGUGCCUUUCUUAGUUUGCUGAAAUCCAUACAUUUUUAUAAAACGUUAAUCAAAUACAACCACCAACUUUUUCCUUGUUAAGAUUCAAUUGGCACAUGUGCAUUCACACUGAGUUGCCUUCUUAGAGCAACGGCAAUGAGGAAACAGUAAGUGGUUGUAUUUGAUUAACGUUUUAUUAAAAUGUUUUGUUUUCAGCAAACAAAGAAAAGCACGCAACAGAGGACGCACAUAGGUUCAUUAAAAAAACUAUAGUCUCAACUACGUGAAGGAGUUGAGGUACUUGGCAUCAAUUGGCUACAAUUUGUACGCCAGAUUAUGUGAUAUCUUAAUAAUACGUUUCCAUUACUGGGCGUUACAGGUUAGCUUAUACAAAACGUUGCCAUAGUCAGAUUUUUCUUAACAAUAGUUUUUUUACCGAAUCGAGAAUGAAGAAAGUAUCCUAGAAAGUCUGUGUUCAGUUGCAGGUGGUUCUCCAAAAACCAGAGACUAUUCAGAAAGAUAUUAAAUCCACGUUUGCACCGAGUGAGGAGUUUCCUCGGCAUUUUAGCUGCCAGACAUCUUGCAUUUCCCAACAUCUUUGCAGGAACUAGUCAUUUCUAUGUCCUGCGGCCACUUGUAGAAGUACAGUGGGGAAAAAAAGUAUUUAGUCAGCCACCAAUUGUGCAAGUUCUCCCACUUAAAAAGAUGAGAGGCCUGUAAUUUUCAUCAUAGGUACACGUCAACUAUGACAGACAAAAUGAGAAAAAAAAUCCAGAAAAUCACAUUGUAGGAUUUUUAAUGAAUUUAUUUGCAAAUUAUGGUGGAAAAUAAGUAUUUGGUCAAUAACAAAAGUUUCUCAAUACUUUGUUAUAUACCCUUUGUUGGCAAUGACACAGGUCAAACGUUUUCUGUAAGUCUUCACAAGGUUUUCACACACUGUUGCUGGUAUUUUGGCCCAUUCCUCCAUGCAGAUCUCCUCUAGAGCAGUGAUGUUUUGGGGCUGUCGCUGGGCAACACGGACUUUCAACUCCCUCCAAAGAUUUUCUAUGGGGUUGAGAUCUGGAGACUGGCUAGGCCACUCCAGGACCUUGAAAUGCUUCUUACGAAGCCACUCCUUCGUUGCCCGGGCGGUGUGUUUGGGAUCAUUGUCAUGCUGAAAGACCCAGCCACGUUUCAUCUUCAAUGCCCUUGCUGAUGGAAGGAGGUUUUCACUCAAAAUCUCACGAUACAUGGCCCCAUUCAUUCUUUCCUUUACACGGAUCAGUCGUCCUGGUCCCUUUGCAGAAAACAGCCCCAAAGCAUGAUGUUUCCACCCCCAUGCUUCACAGUAGGUAUGUUGUCUUUGGAUGCAACUCAGCAUUCUUUGUCCUCCAAACACGACGAGUUGAGUUUUUACCAAAAAGUUAUAUUUUGGUUUCAUCUGACCAUAUGACAUUCUCCCAAUCCUCUUCUGGAUCAUCCAAAUGCACUCUAGCAAACUUCAGACGGGCCUGGACAUGUACUGGCUUAAGCAGGGGGAAACGUCUGGCACUGCAUGAUUUGAGUCCCUGGCGGCGUAGUGUGUUACUGAUGGUAGGCUUUGUUACUUUGGUCCCAGCUCUCUGCAGGUCAUUCACUAGGUCCCCCCGUGUGGUUCUGGGAUUUUUGCUCACCGUUCUUGUGAUCAUUUUGACCCCACGGGGUGAGAUCUUGCGUGGAGCCCCAGAUCGAGGGAGAUUAUCAGUGGUCUUGUAUGUCUUCCAUUUCCUAAUAAUUGCUCCCACAGUUGAUUUCUUCAAACCAAGCUGCUUACCUAUUGCAGAUUCAGUCUUCCCAGCCUGGUGCAGGUCUACAAUUUUGUUUCUGGUGUCCUUUGACAGCUCUUUGGUCUUGUUUGAGGUUGUGGACAGGUGUCUUUUAUACUGAUAACAAGUUCAAACAGGUGCCAUUAAUGCAGGUAAUGAGUGGAGGACAGAGGAGCCUCUUAAAGAAGUUGUUACAGGUCUGUGAGAGCCAGAAAUCUUGCUUGUUUGUAGGUGACCAAAUACUUAUUUUCCACCAUAAUUUGCAAAUAAAUUCAUAAAAAAUCCUACAAUGUGAUUUUCUGGAGAAAAAAAUUCUCAAUUUGUCUGUCAUGGUUGCCGUGUACCUAUGAUGAAAAUUACAGGCCUCUCUCAUCUUUUUAAGUGGGAGAACUUGCACAAUUGGUGGCUGACUAAAUACUUUUUCCCCCACUGUAGAUGGCAGCGCAUCACACAUUGCGACCAAAACAAAGAUGUACACACAUGCAAGAGGCAUUUCUCACUCGAUACAAAACAUGGAUGUAAUAUCUUUCUGAAUAUUCUCUGGUUUUUGGAGAACCACCUGCAACCGGACACUGACAUUUUUAAGAUACUUUUUUCACAGAAUCAAGAACGAAGAAAGUAUCGCCAAGAACAGGUAAGUUGAAAAAUCUAUGGCUUUUGUCUAAGCUAACCUGUAAUGGAAACGUAUUAUUAAGUUAUAUCGCGCUAUCUGGCGUACAAACUGUAGCUUACAUUGCAAUGAGCUCCAAGCUAAAUCUGUUUGCAUGGUAGCUAGCUAGACAUGCAGUUAGUGUAAUAACAGUCAGGUUUUCUUUAAGAAGUACAAAAAGAGACUCAUCAACACUUGUUGAUGAGUAAAUGUCGUAAUACAAACAUGAAGACGACUGACGUAAUGGUCGACAAAUGAGGCAAACAAUUUAUGAUAAUGUGGUUAGUUGAUUGAAAGUAGUGGUGCUCCCAAAACACCCACUAGCUAUUAGGGCCGGGACGAUACCAGUAUCUCGAUCUUUUUUCAAUGUCAAAAAUGAAAAUGCAAAGCAAAUAACUCUUUGGUCCUUUAAAAACCUGCUGUAUGUAAAAUAGUGUGCUAUAGCUUGGAAAAUAAAUAAAUAUGACUCUGGAUGACAACAUAAUGAUGUUUGUUUCCAACAUUAGGACUGUUUUCCUAAAGAAUUUAAAUCAGUUUUGUUUCUUGCUACGAUACUAACGAGUAUCGCUAUACUGGUAUCGUCCCGGCCCUACUAGCUAUGAUGCUAGCUGUGGAAAAUGCUUGUACAAUGUGUAGGAACAUUGUGUAGCAUAGACCAAGUUGAUGCAGUUACUUUUAUAUUGUCAGAAAAAACCAUCACCUCUUACUGAUACUUAUUUCAGUAGAGUGAUCCUGUUGUUACUAGCAAAUGCACUGCAACCAUUAUGGGCAAGUUUCUUGAGAGACUAGCUAGUACACUCGCAUACAGGGAGGUAGUUGGAAUUAUCACAAUUAUUGUUACGUGAAGCACCUAAUUAAGUGGGAUGUGCCUUAGGCAAAGCUACAUUUGAUCCUUCAAGCUUCAGUUUCUGACGUGUGUGUGAUUGUCAGAUAGGAGAAGAUGGAGGGGAAGGAGCCAAAGAAGGAACAGAAGCGGCACCAGCAGAAGCACAGCGGGCCCAAGGCAGAGAGGAAGAAGAGCAGGAAGCAGCUGGGAACCCCAGCCGGAGAUGACGAACGCAAGAGGAACCCCAAAGCGUUUGCUGUCCAGUCAGCAGUGCGCAUGGCCAAAACCUUCCACAGGUCAGCAGCAUUCGUAUACAUGCCCCUUUAUACUACACUACAUGAAAAAUCAUCCCACCAUAAACUUUAAUGUUUGCGUUUUUAGCAUUGAUUUAGUUUUGUUUCACAAGGUUUACAUAGUAUUUUGUUGUGUUUUUUAGUUACUGUGACACUAAUCUGUGGUUUUACAAGUUCGUAGAAACAACCUUAGGACUGAAUGCUGUUAAUGUAUCUUGAGUGUUUCAGACAGACAGACAUUGAGAUUUAGAAAAGCAGUGUAGAGGAGGCAGCAUAACAAGUGCAGACAUACACAGUUCAACAUUGUAGGAAGCUAUAAACACUGUUCUUUCCCCUUCUCCCAGAGCCCAGGACCUAAAGGCCAAGAAACAUCACAUACCCCUGGUGGACCGCACCCCUCUGGAGCCUCCCCCGAUAGUGGUGGUGGUGGUAGGACCCCCCAAGGUGGGCAAGAGCACCCUCAUCCGCUGCCUGAUCAAAAACUUCACGCGGCAGAAACUAGGGGACAUUUGCGGGCCUGUGACCAUAGUCUCUGGUGAGUUGAGCUUGGGUCGUAUUCAUUAGCGCACACCAUAGCAAAGCAUUUUGCAACAGAAAGCACUUCUUCUUGGACAAGUUAAGGUAGUCCCUCCCCGUUUUGUCACGUUUGCUUCUGUUUAGUUCCUAGUGAAUACCACCCUGCAUGACCACAGGGCUGUAAUUUAAUGUGUUGUUUUCCUUGUGUGCUAAUGCCGCCCCAUCACAAUCUUAAUUUCUUAAUUUUCCUUUCAGGAAAGAAGAGGCGUCUUACCUUUGUCGAGUGUAGCAAUGACAUCAAUACAAUGAUUGACUUGGCAAAGGUUGCUGACCUGGUAAGUUAAAGCCAAAAUGUCUGAAUUUUAAAGUAAUAAAAACUAGAUAGAAAUGUACUUACAUUUUAGUCAUUUAGCAGACGCUCUUAUCCAGAGUGACUUACAGUUUAGUGAGUGCAUACAUUUUUCAUACUGGCCCCCUGUGGGAAACGAACCCACAACCCUGACGUUGCAAGCGCCAUGCUCUACCAACUGAGCUACAGGAGGCCCACAUAAACUUUUUUUUUAUUUUUAUUUUUAUUUUUUUACUUCUUAUGAUAUUGGAGUAAUGUCUGUUUUGAUGCCUUAUUGUUGACUUUUUAGUAUAUUUUAUCACACUACAAAAAUGCAGUGUUGGCAUAAACACUAUGGAUGUGUCCCAAAUGACAUCCUAUUCCCUAUGUAGUACAUUACUUUUGACCAGGGCCCAUAGGGCUCUGGUCAAAAGUAGUGCCAUAUAUAGCGAGUAGGGUGACAUUUGAGAUGCACAUAUCUGUGACAAUUGAAUUGAAUCCAGAUUUCCCUACCAGACAAUAAAAAUAGACCUGACUUGAUGGUCCUCUGUAGCUCAGCUGGUAGAGCACGGCGCUUGUAACGCCAAGGUAGUGGGUUCGAUCCCCGGGACCACCCAUACACAAAAAUGUAUGCACGCACGACUGUAAGUCGCUUUGGAUAAAAGCGUCUGCUAAAUGGCUUAUUAUAAUAUUAUUAUAUCAGUGAGAUAAAGACUGACAUCCCUGUGGUCCACCAGGUGCUGAUGCUCAUUGACGCCAGCUUCGGCUUUGAGAUGGAGACCUUUGAGUUUCUCAACAUCUGCCAGGUGCACGGCUUCCCGCGCAUCAUGGGCGUGCUCACCCACCUGGACUCGUUCCGCAAUAACAAGGCCCUGCGCAAGACCAAGAAGCGGCUCAAACACCGCUUCUGGACCGAGGUCUACCAGGUAAGCACCGAAUUAGAAUGAGAGACUUUCUCUUUGGCUUCACACCAUAAAUAGUAUUAGCAAUUGUGUGUGUGUAUAUAAGGGUGAGUGAGUCAGUGCAAAUAGUCUCUUAAAAUGCAGCUGUGAAAAGAGUCAGUGCAAAUAUUUUCUUAAGGUGCAGGUGAGUACAGGUAGACGGGUCUGUGCAGGUGGACAGCUUAGGGUUAGCUGCUCAACAGUCUUAUGGACUGGAGGUAGAAGCUGUCUCGGAACCUGUUCGUCCGAGACCUGAUGCUCAGGUACCGCCUGCCGGACGGUAGCAGAGAGAGCAGUCCAUGGCUGGUGUGGCUGGAAUCCUUGGCGAUCUUCCGGGCUUCCUCAGAGACCGCCUGGUGUAGAUGUCCUUCUACCUGCAUGACUGGGCAGUCUUCACCACCCUCUGUAGAGUCUUGCGGUUCAGGCCUGGUAGUUGCCGUACCAGGCGGUGAUGCAGCCAGACAGAAUGCUCUCAAUGGUGCACCUGUAAAGGUCCCUGAGGAUCUGAGGGGCCAUGCCAAACCUCUUCAGCAGUCCUGUAUUCUACGAUCACCUCCUUGGUUUUGCUGAGGUUGAGGGAGAGAUUAUUGUCCUGGCACAACUCUGCCAGGGCUCUAACCUCCUCCCUGUAGGCUUUCUCGUCGUUGUCGGUGAUCAGGCCUAUCACCGUCGCGUCGUCAGCAAACUUGAUGAUGGAGUUGGUUUGACAGUUUUUUGUUUUUUUUUGCAAAGUGUUUUUAUUUGUUUUCACAAAGAUAUUCAAACUGUACAAAGCAUGGAUAAUACCAAAAGUAACAACAACUGAACACCAUACUGUAACUACCCAUAUACGAUCUAUAGCUAGCACAUUUCAUAUUUCAUUGUCUUAUUCUUUCUUGGCAAGAGCUGAGAUAUUUCUGAUGUGCUAGAUAAACCUUGGAGGUAAAUUAGCAGAGUUGGCCAGUCUGUGCCAACCCUGCACAUCCCCUUCAUACAUCCUGAAACUCAGCGUUUUUCUCUUGUGCUAUGGAAGUGACAAGUUGACUUGUGAUUUUCUUAGGUUUGUCUUGAGAAGACGUUUAACGUGUACACAAUCUGUCAGAGCUUGCAUGUUGUGAAUGUGUACAAUAUAGUUAUAAAGGUCAUCACAAUCUCAUCAACAUGGCAUACGGUGUUUCUCUGAACCUAAUCCACCACAAGUCCCUUUCCUGAAGAGUGUUCCACAUUCCCUCUUUGUUUCCCCCAGGGUGCCAAACUCUUCUACCUGUCCGGUAUGGUGUACGGAGAGUACCAGAUCCAGGAGGUCAAGAACCUGGGCCGCUUCAUCUCGGUCAUGAAGUUCCGCCCGCUGGUGUGGCAGCAAUCUCAUCCCUACGUCGUGGCCGACCGGUGAGUGUCCAGACCUCUUAGAGCGAUGUGUUUGUAAUGGAACGUACAAUAUGUAGCCAGGACUGAUUCAGCGUAGGGAAAGUGACUACCAGGGAGAAGCAGUACCCCGACCUCGAUGCUCGGCUUUGAGUGCCCAGACUAUUGUAUUCUUACCUGUCUGGCUUUUGGGCAAAUGAUGUGUUCUGUAUGUUGCUAUGCUUGUUCUGUGAAUGCUAUGAUGCAGUUGAAUGGUGGCAUGUAUGGUUAUUGUGUGUGUAAUUGUGCACACUUGCAUGCCUGCGAGCAAUGGAUCCCAGCACCCUGCUUGCAUUUUCACUCCCUGUUAAUUAGUUUUUUGUUUAACUGAUCCCCUUCACUGUUCCUCAAUCACACUCGCCAUCUACACAGCAUGGAGGAUUUGACGGACCCCGAGAUGGUGAGGGUGGACCCCAAGUGUGAUCGUACUGUAUCUCUCUAUGGCUACCUGAGGGGGACAUACUUGAAGAAUAAAGGCCAGGUCCAUAUCCCUGGUAAGUACGCUCAUUGGGUUAAGAGUAAAUAAGAAUCUGAGCCCUUUUGAGGAACAUUGACUUCUAGAGAAGAGAUUAAUUGAAUACUGUAUCAGUACUCGCAAAGCUAGUACAUAUUGACUUGCACUAUUCACAUUCACCAAUUCAUUUAGCAAAUAAACAUAGCAUGUGGUUACUGCAGUGGUGUAUUUGGGCAAUGUUUCACUCCUACACACCUCUGAACAGAGAUUUUAUCUCAAUUGUACAAAGGUGGGGUUUUGAAAACAUUGAUUCGGAAAGCUGUAUUGUCCUAACAUUGGGCAAUUUGGUUUGAAACCAAACACAUGGUGGCACCCUCUGCAGGUGUGGGGGACUUUGCGGUGGCAGACGUCAGCUUCCUGCCAGACCCCUGCGGUCUGCCUGAGGCGCAGAAGAAGAGGGCGCUGAACGAGAAGGAGCGGCUGCUCUACGCUCCCAUGGCGGGGGUCGGGGGGGUCGUGUACGAUAAGGACGCAGUCUACAUCGACCUGCCUGGCGGCCACGUCAAUCAGGAACAGGUCAGUUCCAUCCCCUGGGCCAUGUUCAGUAAGACACAGAAAAGGAAAAUGCUUUGAAACAUUUAACAAAACAAAAAAAAACUAUGUAUUUUUACUGGUCAAAGUCAGGUAGUUCAAUACAUAUGAUGGAUGUGAUAUGGAAGAGCUCCUGAAUGUAAUUGACUCCUGUUAUAUACAAUGGCUUGAGACUGUUGUGAAUGAGUACACUAAACCGAAAGUGUCAUGGGCCGUUGUAAAUUCCCUCUCCCCUGAACCUAGAUCAUGUGCAGAUGAUCUAGAUAAUGUGUGUGCACACGCUCCUAUAAUCAGUUAUUUCUGUUCCGUGUCCACCAGGAGGAGGUCCGUCCCACCACAGAGUUGGUCCAAUCCCUCAUCGGUACACACACCACCCUGGAUGCCAAGAUGGCCGCCAGCAAAGUGUCACUGUUCACAGGGGCGGCUGCCCUGACCCCCGGGGAAGUGGAGGAGGAGGAGGAGGAGAACGGGUGAGUGCACAGUGACGCUCGCACAAUGUCUUGGAAAUCUCAAAUGAUACGCUAUUCCCAUAUAUUGUGUACUACUUUUGUGGCCACUAUGGAAUCAUUUGAGACACAGCCCUAAAAUCAUUGUUAAAAUCUGUUAUAAACGUAUUGUUAAAAGAGAACCUCAUCGUCAUUUUAAUCUCAUGGACUGUCAGUCCUUGUAAUUUGAGAGUCGCUACAUUUCUCCAGUCCUAUUCCUUAGCUUUAUAGCAAACCAAGUGGCUGCCGUUUUGUUCUUUUACUAAAUAGAAAGUGGGCCGUUAAAUACAGGCAUAUAGAAAAUUAUAUCAAUUUUUGCCUCUGACUUGUGUUGGUCUCCAUCUUGUCUCACAGGCUGACGUCAGGACCACAGGAGAGCCGAGUCUGGGACCCUGAGACACAGAGAGAGCGGAGGAAGGCUGUCUUCACUGAAGAGGAAGAUGAUGAUGAUGAUGACAGCGAGGGUAGCAGUGAAGAAGAGGGGGAUGAGGAAGGAGAGUCUGAAGAAGAGGAUGAGGAAGAUAAUGAGGGGGGAAACAAAAGAGAAGAAGAAGAAACAGUUUUGAAGAAAGAGGCAAAGGACAACACUGAACCAAAAGAGAAUCAAGGAAUAAAGACCGCCCCUCCGGUGAAGAGACAGAAGAUGGAGGAAAGGAAAGCAGAGAAAGAGCCAGUGGUGGAGGUACCUGCCUUUGCAGACAGUGAGGAUGAGCUGGAAAUGAGUGAGGAGGAGGGAGAAGGGGUGAAGGGAGAGCAGGAGAGUGAAGGAGAGGAGAGUGAUUCUGAGGGGGAAGAAGAUGAAGACGGUGAUGUCAAACCAAGAGACUCUGGUCAUUGCUCGGAGGAAGAGGAGGAUGCGAGUGAUUCAAUGGAAGAGGAUGACUGUGAAACCAAGGUCUUGGGCAAAGAAAGCAAGAAGUCGAAUGCCACCUCCAAAAUGGAAGAUGAGGAGAUGGAGGGAGGAGAGCUGUGCUAUGAAAGUGCAGGUAAUAUUCGGUCUAUUCAGCGUAGUUCCAUUGUGGCCCCUCCCCCUUGUCUAUACUACAUCUUCAGUGUCCACAGAAUUUUGUUCAAGCCCAUCAUUUACAAACCUAAUUCCAAUAAUGCUGCUCUGAAUUGAAGACCAAGUUGAGUACUUUAAUCAGGUGUGUUAGUGGCAGGCUGGAACAAAAACCUGCACUCUCUGGUGUAAGCAAUAUUGUAAUGGAUCCACCUCACCUGUACAGUUGGCUGUUGAAUUCUAAAACAACCUAGCCCUUACUCUCUAGGCACUCCUGUAGAUCUGACAGGACUGGAUCGGUUUCUUGCCUUGUGAUAGGAUAAUCUAAUGACCUAUCCAAUCGUAUCAGAUUUACAGGAGUGCCUAGAGGCUAAGGGAUGAUUUGGAAUUCAGAAUGCAUGCUUCUUGUCUGCCAUAUUGCUUUCACCUUGUGAAUACUGAUGGGGAGGGGAAGUAGCCAAAUGGAACAAGAACUGAAGUCAAUAAUUAAUUUCACCCUAACCCACCAAAUGUUUCUCAGGGGCACUGCGGUGGAAGGAGGGUCUGCAACAGAAAGCGUCGGAGGCGUUUCUACGGCAACAGCGCGCCGCCCCCAAUCUACGUAAACUGGUGUACGGCACAGGUAACGUCUCCUCCUGGGUUUCAGUAACAAGAUUAGUUUGUUUUGUUCUUAGAAUGUUUUUUUGCCUCUUUUUUUUUUAACUGACAUUUUCCCUUUUAUCCUAAUGUCAUGGCGGAUCUUGUUUGUUGAGCACUAGAGUGUAUUCAUUAAUGCACACUGUAGCAAAAUGUUUUGCAAUGAAAAUGAGCAUUUCUUAUUGGACAAGUUCAGGUCCUCCCUAUUUCGGCCCAUUUGCUUCCGUUUGUGCCUGGCCUUGAUUUCUGACUGACUACGUUUAUUUCCUUCAGUGGCGGAGGUUGAUGGUGAUGGGGAGGAGGAUGAGGAGGAGCUGGGAGGGCUAUUUCGAGUCAGCCGCCCCGAGAAGGGCAAGAAGCAUCGUGCGGACGGCGUGGACUGCUCCCGUUUUGACCCUGAUGCCGCUCACAACUGGGACCUGGAAGAGGUAAAAGGGGAAAUCUACAAAACCAUAUCGUAGCGCCUCUUUCCUUUGUCCCAUCUCUUUUACUACAGGGUUUAUCUUCCUCUGGGACCCCAAGGGUUGCACAUUUUUGUUUUAACCCAGCACUAGCACACCUGAUUUGGCACUGGACAUUUAAAGUGUGGAAAGACCAACAGUUUGAAGAAAGGCAUUAAGUAGAAGGAGCUAUGGAUGGAGGCAUCCAUACAUUCAUAUUCUGACCUGGGUUGGGGUCAAUACAAUGAUUUAUAUUCCAUCAACUCAAGAGAUAAAUUACAUUUAUUGAAUAUUUUUUGUAAUUGACAUAAAUAUUGUGUCCUCAGAUGCUGGACUCGAUACGGGACUGUUUUGUGACAGGGAAAUGGGAGGACGAUCAAGAUGCUGCUACAUUGCUGAAGGAGGAUGGUAAGGAUUUGCAGCCCAUUGCUCAAUGUUUGGAUUGUUUUCAUGACUUUCUUGGUCUUGUCCUUAAAAGUGCUUUAUAACUGCAAUCUGUCCCAUUUUAAAUGCAAUCUGUAAAGGUUGACUCCUGUGUGCACAUCAAAUAUGGUAAACAGAGAGCAAUUGAAAUUCAUUUUCCCCAAUUCAAAUUAUUUUCAUGUGCUCCGGAUAUGGACUCAUUGUCCCAACAGAGUAGUCCCAAUCCAUCAGGGCUAUGUACUGUAUAUCAGAAGUCCACUGUUCAUUAUCACCCGCUUGCUAACUCGCUCUUCGUCUCUUUUUAGAGGAGCUAUAUGGCGAUUUUGAGGACUUGGAGACGGGGGAAGUGCACAAGGGGAAAGCUGGCAAGCAGAAGGACCAAGCCAAGGAAGAAAGUGAUGAUGAUAAGGAAGAUGAGGAGGAGGAGAAGCCGAUGACGGUGGACGACGAGACCCAGAAGAACAAGCGUCUGGAGAAGAAACGGCGGCUGAAGGAGCGCUUCGACACGGAGUACGACGACGGAGACGCCACCUACUUUGAUGACCUCAAGGAGGAGAUGCAGAAACAGGCAGAGGUGAGGGGUCAUAGGUAAAUGUUUGAUAUGACAGGAGGCAGAAGUCUCUGGCCCUGAUAGAAUACUUCAGAAAUGCCUCCUUUUUCCUUCCUUGAUGUAAUCACAGAUUUUUUAAAAAAAAGCGUAUAUUUGGGGUGGGUAACCUUACUUGCACCUACCCAACCACUAGAUAUGUGCUUACAUCGAAGAAACAAGGAAGGAUGCAUUUGGAAAUUAUUCAAACGGGGUCAAGGUAACAUCUUAUUAUGCCCGAAAGGAAACCAACGUUGUUAGUGGCAUUCCGAUCAGACAUUGAGUCGUGUUCAUCAGGCACAAUGAGGGAAAAUCAGUCUUGAAACGCAAAACAAAAUUGUACAUGCUCUUCUUUUAAAUCAACUUACAGAAUUGUCAACCUUGGCAUUGACACUAUAUUCAGUAUGUGGCCCAUGUGGGAUUCAAACCAACAACCCUGGUGUUGACAACACCCUGUUCUAACCCACUGAGCCUUUCAUUUCACCACAAUCUCUAAACCUUUCUCCUCUUCCUAGCUGAACCGGGCUGAGUUUGAGGACGUGGAUGACGAGACACGGGUCCAGUACGAGGGCUUCCGGCCUGGCAUGUAUGUGCGUCUGGAGAUCCCCUCCCUGCCCUGCGAGUUUGUCACCAACUUUGAUCCCCACUAUCCCAUCAUCCUCGGGGCUCUAGGCGCCAGCGAGGGCAACGUAGGUUACCUGCAGGUGAGUGACGGGUUAACGAGUCAGGCUCAGUUCCAUUUCAAUUGAAGAAGUGAAAUAGAGUGAAUUGGACUUCCAGUUCAAGAACUUAACUCCUUGGCUGUGUCUGAAAUGGCAUCCUAUUAAAUACAGGGAAGUCCCAUUGUGACCAAUGUCUCUUUUGCAAGUAGCCCUGAUUCACAAAAAUGAAGCAAAAUAAGGAAUUACUGACACAAUUAUAACAAUCAAAGGCGGGAGCAUGAAACAUACAAAAAUACAAUUAUGGAAAAACACGUGCAUUCCUCUGUAAACGGGUCAUGUACCAAUACCCUAAAAUGUCCGAAAGGCAAUGGUGCGUCCAAUUGUAGGGUAUUCUGAAAUUUGUGGCAUGUAAAACCUAAAGGCUAUUUUACCUAAAUCACUAAUGACAACAGGAAUUUCAAGAUUUAGCCAUUCCUGUGAGCGAGUAAGGUAUUUUGUACUUCUGUAGGUCAGGAGCAAUGUAGUAUGGUAGUUUCUGCCCGAGAGCUUUAUAAAUGAACAGAAGGCAAUGUUGUGUUCUCUGCGUUGCCAAUGAUGGCCAGCCCACUUUCUGAUACAGAUCACAGUGAUGGAAUGUCAACUGAACGAUUUAUUCUAUCAAGCGAAAGGCACAAUCUAUUUCUGUAGAAGAAGCCCAGUUUAAUUCUGUGUCUUUGUUAGCUCACCUACAUGUUUUAAAUGACAACUUGUCAUCGAUCCAAAUGCCAAGGUAUUUAUAUGAGAGGACUUGCUCAAUUUGGGCUCCAUUCAAUGUGCAGACAUGGAAGUCUGUGGAGUCAAUGUUGUGGGCUCUAGAGAACAGCAUAUACUUUGUUUUAUCUGCAUUCAGUACCAGAUUAAGGUCAAGUGCUUUUUGUAUGACAUUUAAUGCAGUCUGUAGAUCAGCUACAGUGGGGGAAAAAAAGUAUUUAGUCAGCAAGUUCUCCCACUUAAAAAGAUGAGAGGCCUGUAAUUUUCAUCAUAGGUACACGUCAACUAUGACAGACAAAUUGAGAAUCACAUUGUAGGAUUUUUAAUGAAUUUAUUUGCAAAUUAUGGUGGAAAAUAAGUAUUUGGUCACCUACAAACAAGCAAGAUUUCUGGCUCUCACAGACCUGUAACUUCUUCUUUAAGAGGCUCCUCUGUCCUCCACUCGUUACCUGUAUUAAUGGCACCUGUUUGAACUUGUUAUCAGUAUAAAAGACACCUGUCCACAACCUCAAACAGUCACACUCCAAACUCCACUAUGGCCAAGACCAAAGAGCUGUCAAAGGACACCAGAAACAAAAUUGUAGACCUGCACCAGGUGGGAAGACUGAAUCUGCAAUAGAGAGCUUGGUUUGAAGAAAUCAACUGUGGGAGCAAUUAUUGGAAGGAAGACAUCAGACCCUGAUAACUCCCCGUCUGGGGCUCACCAGAUCACCGGGCAAAUGAUCACAGAACGGUGAAAAUCCCAAACCCGAUCCAGAACCACACGGGACCUAGAAGACCUGCAGAGAACUGGGCCAAAGAACAAAGCCCACCAUCAGUAACCACACUACGCCGCCAGUGGCUACAUGCGCUUCGCUUUCAUCUCAAAACAAGCGCAUCUACUCGAGACCGCUCAUACUGUAGCCUAAACAGUCCAGUUCAAAGUGAAUGGCACAGAUCCAUAUGGCAUUGGCUAUUUGCAUAUAGGCCUAUUGCAUCUCUGAUUGGUUAUGGCGCACCGGUCUGUGUAGAAUACUGCGGAGUCAUGCCUGUCAAUGCAAUAGAAUCCUACUCCAAUGCGCUCUGCCUGCAAGAAAAUCUCUCGCACAGUUAGUUUUGCAUACGAAAUCUUGCAUAGUUCGUUUUGUUUCGGUAUAUUACAUUGAAAGUGGCUAAUAUUGCGUUGACACGAUCACAAUUGCCACAGUAGAGUGAAACGUUGAUAGUAUUAACUAAAGGGGAAAGUUGAGUGACGUUCAAUCUCAGGCUUCUCUGCACGGGCUCAUAUUUCUUCUGCACGGCUGCGCACCCGCGCACACACACAGCUUAGAGGGAACAUUGGAUGCAAGGUAUUGUCUCCAGUGGGGUGCUUCAUAUAUGUGACAUGCCAGGAGUGUUACCACUCAACCACGGCUCUGCGCGUAAACACAGAUCUGAAUUGGUUGCAUUGGUGAGUGAUAGGGUGGUAACCUUACUUGCACCUACCCAACCACUAGAUCUGUGCUUACAUCGAAGAAACAAGGAAGGAUGCAUUUGGAAAUGAUUCAAACGGGGUCAAGGUAACAUCUUAUUAUGCCCGAAAGGAAACCAGCGUUGUCAGUGGCAUUCUGAUCAGACAUUGAGUCGUGUUCAUCAGGCACAAUGAGGGGAAAAUCGGUCUUGAAACGCAAAACAAAAUUGUGCAUGCUCUUUUUUUAAAUCAACUUACAGAACUGUCAACCUUGGCACUGACACAAAGUAUAUUUAGUAUGUGGCCCAUGCGGGAUUCAAACCAACAACCCUGGUGUUGACAACACCCUGUUCUAACCCACUGAGCCUUUCAUUUCACCACAAUCUCUAAACCUUUCUCCUCUUCCUAGCUGAACCGGGCUGAGUUUGAGGACGUGGAUGACGAGACACGGGUCCAGUACGAGGGCUUCCGGCCUGGCAUGUAUGUGCGUCUGGAGAUCCCCUCCCUGCCCUGCGAGUUUGUCACCAACUUUGAUCCCCACUAUCCCAUCAUCCUCGGGGCUCUAGGCGCAAGCGAGGGCAACGUAGGCUACCUGCAGGUGAGUGACGGGUUAACGAGUCAGGCUCAGUUCCAUUUCAAUUGAAGAAGUGAAAUAGAGUGAAUUGGACUUCCAGUUCAAGAACUUAACUCCUUGGCUGUGUCUUUAAUGGCAUCCUAUUAAAUACAGGGAAGUCCCAUUGUGACCAAUGUCUCUUUUGCAAGUAGCCCUGAUUCACAAAAAUGAAGCAAAAUAAGGAAUUACUGACACAAUUAUAACAAUCAAAGGCAGGAGCAUGAAACAUACAAAAAUACAAUUAUGGAAAAACACGUGCAUUCCUCUGUAAACAGGUCAUGUACCAAUACCCUGAAAUGUCCGAAAGGCAAUUGUGCGUCCAAUUGUAGGGUAUUCUGAAAUUUGUGGCAUGUAAAACCUAAAGGCUGUUUUACCUAAAUCACUAAUGACAACAAGAAUUUCAAGAUUUAGCCAUUCCUGUGAGCGAGUAAGGUAUUUUGUACUUCUGUAGGUCAGGAGCAAUGUAGUAUGGUAGUUUCUGCACGAGAGCUUUAUAAAAGAACAGAAGGCAAUGUUGUGUUCUCUGCGUUGCCAAUGAUGGUCAGCCCACUUUCUGAUACAGAUCACAGUGAUGGAAUGUCAACUGAACGAUUUAUUCUAUCAAGCGAAAGGCACAAUCUAUUUCUGUAGAAGAAGCCCAGUUUUAAUUCUGUUUCUUCGUUAGCUCAUCUACAUGUUUUAAAUGACAACUUGUCAUCGAUCCAAAUGCCAAGGGAUUUAUAUGAGAGGACUUGCUCAAUUUGGGCUCCAUUCAACGUGCAGAUAUGGAAGUCUGUGGAGUCAAUGUUGUGGGCUCUAGAGAACAGCAUAUACUUUGUUUUAUCCGCAUUCAGUACCAGUUUAAGGUCAAGUGCUUUUUGUAUGCCAUUUAAUGCAGUCUGUAGAUCAGCUAUAGCCUGGUUCACAGAGGAGGCAGGAGAGUACAGCACACUGUCAUAAGCAUAAAAGUGUAGCUUACAGUCUUUCACUAAGGAACCAAAACAGAUACAUUAGGCUGUCAAAUGAGUCAGAAAAUCACAGGUUUCAGAUUUUUUUCAGGUUUUCGCUUUCACACUUUCUUUUAAAUUGAACAUCCAAUUUUGUUGUUUUUCCACAUCAGGAGACCACUUUUGAGGUCUGUGAAAAAUCGAAGAAAUAUAUACAUUUGAGUGUAGUUACCCUUUUAAUUAAACCGCAGGCACCUAGCACUGUUUGGUUAGCUGUUUUUCUGUAGUGAACAUGAGAUGGAGUUUGCAAAACAAAUGGCCACUGGAUUGAUAUCAUGAUAUCAUUCUGCCAGGUAGGCAUAGGCUACUUUGUAGCUAGUUAACAUUUAAUUGAGAAGGUUUUUUGGGAAAACCUUUCGAUCUACCAGAAGAAUGUUAGGCCUAUCAUUAGCAUCGCUAUAUUUUUCCUGUUCCUUAAUUGUUUGAAACCUGGACGUUUUACUUCAUACCUUGGUUCAAAGUAGCCUAUAGCCAAAAUCCCACCAUAGAAACGGGAAGGCAAUUAUUUUUUGAAGACUUCACUCUCCUGUAGUAUUGGUUUUCAAAUCAACUUUCUUUCAUUGUUUAGCAGCCAAAGGCAUUAUACUAGUCAAAUUAGCUACCCCUGAUAGUUGUUGCAUCUUUAGAUCUCCCCUCCUUCUUAAUUUCUCAUCCCAUCUGGUAGUGCCUGUCUUGACUACAUCAAAUCGAUGUAAAGAAGCUAGCUAAGAGAGCCAGCCAGCUAGCUACGUGAAAGUAAGAGAGAGAGUAAACAUUAUUGUUUCUAGUUGAGGUUAGAUACAAGUGAAGUGUCCUGGCUUCCCAUCAGUUCAAAAGAUUGACAAGUGACUGAAGAGACCGCCUGAGAGAUGUGUGGGAGAGCCGCACUGAUCAGCUCAGUCAGAUCGCGCAACUGAAAGAUGUAAUCUCAUGUGGAAUUCUCGUCUCGUCACAUUUUUGUCAACUAAAAUGAAAAGUAAUUUUUUAAUAGUUAGUUUUUUUCCAGGGCAUCUUGUCUCGUUAUUUUCAUAGUUUUAGUCAGGACAAAUAGGUUGUUGACGACAAGUAUUUUUCAUCAGAGUUAUUGUUGACAAUUAACACUGCUACUGUCUGCGCAUAAGGUAGAGCUAAAUUCUCAGAGGUGGCCAGCGUGAAUUUCUAUUUUGUCAGUAAUGGGGCCAGAAACUGACAUGAUUUGUUAGGGCAGCGCUACAGUGCCUUCAAAGUAUUCAUACCCCUUGACUUAUUCCAUAUUUUGUGUUACAGCCUGAAUUCAAAAUGGAUUAAAUUGUUUUUUUUUCCUCACCCAUCUACACACAAUACCCCAUUAUGACUGAGUGAAAACAUGUUUUUAGAAAUGCAAAUGUGUUGAAAAUUAAAAACAUCUAAUUUACAUAAGUAUUCGCACCCCUGAGUCAAUACUUUGUAGAAUCAACUUUGGCGGCGAUUACAGCUUUGAGUCGUCUUGGGUAUGUCUGUAUUAGCUUUGCACAUUUGGAUUUGGGGAUUUUCUCCCAUUAUUCCUUGCAGAUUUUCUCAAGCUUUGUUAAGUUAGAUGAGGAGCACCGGUGAAUAGCAAUCUUCAAGUCUUUCCACAGAUUUUCAAUGGGAUUCAGGUCUGGGCUUUGGCUGGGCCACUCAAGGACUUGGACUUUCACAUUCUUGUUCUGAAGCCAUUCCAGCAUUGCUUUGGCUGUAUGCUUGGGGUCAUUGUCCUGUUGGAAUGUAAAUCUUUGCCCCAGUUGAAGGUCAUUUGCACUCUGAACCAGGUUCUCAUUAAGGAUUUGCCUGUAUUUGGCUCCAUUCAUUGUUCCCUUACUUGUCUCCCAGUCCCUGCAGCUGAAAAGCAUCCUCAUAGCAUGAUGCAACCACCACCAUUCUUCACGUAAGGGAUGGUGUUAGAUGGGUCGUGAGCUGUGCCUGGUUUUCUCCAGACAUAGCGCUUUGCAUUGAGGCCAAAGAGUUACAUUUCUCAUCAGACCACAGAAUAUUUUGCCUUAUGAUCUGUCUUUCAAGUGCCUUUUUGCAAACUCCAGGCAUGCUGUCAUGUGCCUUUUCUCACUCUCUUAUAAAGCCCAGAUUAGUGAAGUGCUGUAGAGACUGUUGUUCUCUGAUCUCAGCCAAGGAACUCUGUAGUGGAAUUCCUACAGAGUGGUCAUUAGGUUCUUGGUCACCACCCUGACAAAGGUCCUUCUUGCCUGGUUGCUCAGUUUGGUCGGACGGCCAGCUCUAGGCAGAGUCUGGGUAGUUCCAUAUGUUAUUGUGCAACGCAUCCCAGUGUUGAUUUAUUUGAACGUUAACGUUUUAUUCAUUUUUUUUUACUUGCAUCUGUCCCUAAUAAAUUAAGAUCUAAACAAAUGGCAUUAAACUAUUGCUCAAAACAGUGUCAGUGAGACUAAUUGAUAAUGAUAAGUGUAAUUUGUUUAGAACUUUUCCAGGUGACUCAAGGUGAUGUUUCUCUUGUCCCAGAUGCGGUUAAAGAAACAUCGAUGGCACAACCGGAUCCUGAAGACGCGCGACCCCCUCAUCCUGUCCCUGGGCUGGCGUCGCUUCCAGACCAUCCCCCUGUACCACAUCGAGGACCACAACGGGCGCCACCGCCUGCUCAAGUACACACCGCAACACAUGCACUGUGGCGCCACCAUCUGGGGUGAGAGCAGUAAUGCGCUGUAGUUUUAGUAUUUAUUUUAUUCAGGUGGCACCUUUUUUCCUCCAUUGCAACUAUUCAUCAGAGGGCACUAUCACGUAGCAGGAUCGCUAAGUUAACCAGCUAAAUUUGAUGCAAAUUCAGAUAUAGCUCUUGAUUAUCUGGUUCCUUGAAGAAGCUAAAUUGUAAAAUAUGUUGAGGGCGUCGAGCCGGUUAUACCAUGCUAAUAUAACUACAUAUCUCUUAAGUCGGAAAUAUUACAUUAUUUCAGUAAACUAGCUAAAUUGUCUUGCUUUGUGACAUGCCCCCCUGGUCAGAAUUACAUGGAUCCUCAAUCAACUUACCUGUUUGAAUAUAGGUAAAAUAAUGAAUAAAUGUGAACCCUGUCCUUCUCUGCUGUGUUCCCAGGUCCCAUCACACCUCAGGGCACAGGCUUCCUGGCUGUGCAGUCAGUCGCAGGAACUAAGGUAAGAACCACAGAAGCAGGCCACAAAGGAAAUAAUUACAUUUAAUCCUUUACACUUGUGGGAAUUGGGCUAUAUGUAUAGGGCUAAAUUGAAAUAUUUUUUACAGAAGAAAUAUGAGAUGCAUAACCAUGGUAGAAAUUGAAAGGGAACAGUUUGGAGAUUAUGUGGAAAUUAUUAGACCGAAGGUGAGGACACAACAGUUACCUGACACAAGACUGAAUCCAAACAUUACAUUGUUGAUGUUAUGUGCAUUUUACAUUUUCUGUACUUUUCGGCAUUUGUUGAUAACGAAAUCUGAAAAUACUCUAUAUAUAAAUAUAUUCAGUAACAUAAUAAGAAUAUUCAUGGCAAUUUGGGUUAGCAGCCACAUACAGUGAAUUUGGAAAGUAUUCAGAGUUUUGAAUACUUUUACUAGAGUUGAAUCAAGAUUUGCUUUAUUGAAUUUCAAUAAAAGGAAGCUGGUCUGCAGAGUAGCCUCCUCUCUCCCUCUCUCUCUCUCCAUCUUAUAUAGUGCCCUCCACACACCCAAGCUUUAAAAUCCCUGCCUCUUCAGUUUCCUGCUCUUUUAUUGCUCCGCCCACUCCCUUUGUCUAUAGUGGCGGCUAAAUUCGACUUUCAUUCAGUUCAGAAUCAAUAGUAAUACUCAAUCAAUCCCUUAUCUUGCAAAAACACUUGUUUAGUUUAAACUCUGUUCAACCCUGGCGCCGCUCUUUAUCACUUUGUUUGAGGAGAGAGACAAAAGGCCACAGGAUUAAGUUCUUGCCUAGCCACAUGAUUAUGAUUAUCUCAUAGUCCACUAAAAAAUCUCCAACACCAUCUCCACAGAGGAACUCUGGAGCUCUGUCAGAGUAACCAUCGGGUUCUUGGUCACCUCCCUGACCAAGGCCCUUCUCCCCCGAUUGCUCAGUUUGUCCGGGCGGCCAGCUUUAGGAAUCUUGGUGGUUGCAAACUUCUUCCAUUUUAAGAAUGAUGGAGGUCACUGUGUUCUUGGGGACCUUCAAUGCUGCAGACAUUUUUUGGUACCCUUCCCCAGAUCUGUGCCUCGACACAGUCCUGUCUCGGAGCUCUACGGACAAUUCCUUCGACCUCAUGGCUUGGUUUUUGCUUUGAGUGUGUGCCUUUCCAAAUCAUGUCUAAUCAAUUGAAUUUACCACAGCUGGACUCCAAUCAAAUUGUAGAAAUAUCAAGGAUGAACAAUGGAAACAGGAUGCACCUGAGCUCAAUUUCGAGUCUCAUAGCAAACGGUCUGAAUAUUUAUGUAAAUAAGGUAUUUCUGUUUUUUAUUUUUUAUAAAUUUGCAAACAUUUUUAAAAACCUGUUUUCGCUUUGUCAUUAUGGGGUAUUGUGUGUAGAUUGAUGAGAAAUGUUUUCUUUAAUGAAUUUUAGACGAAGGCUGUAACGUAACAAAAUGUGGAAAAAGUCAAGGGGUCUGAAUAUUUUCUGAAUGCACUGUAAGUCAAAACAAUGAUGAGGGUUUGAGUGAGAGGUCUAACUGGUGUCUCGAAGUUGCUACGCAGCUCUCCAAAGUAAUUUCAAUGCACUUUUAUGACUCAAGGAAGAGCCGUAAACUAUUAGGUGCUUUUUUGAGCUCUCCUAGCUGUGCCGUUGAGGAAAUGAAUCAAGCACACUUGUAGUUUUUUGUUUGGAACACAGCCCUGCAUCCCCACCAUCACACAAUUACUGUUUACACAAUCCAAAAACGGUCCAUUAUAAAUCCCAAUCUGGGUCAGGUGGGCAUCAUUUGAAAGCUUAUUCUAUUGCCAACAUGACUAGCUAAGAUACGAUCUCAGUGUUAGGCUUUCACAAGGCACUUCAGGAAAAACAGUCAUUUUGGUGCGCAUAUAAUGGAGUCUUGAGUGCAUUUGGGUGUGUGCUCCAUGGCAAAUUGUCUUCAUAAUACGACAAACAGGCUCAUUCUGUUCCAAACAACUCACGGUAUGAUGCCUUGUCAUCCUUGUAACUGUACAUCAAACAUGGCGAUCAUUAACGUUGAUAAUGUAAAUUACAUGAGUUUUAUAAUAUCGGAAUGUGAAGUGCACAUUUGGACUCACAGGUGUGAGAUUGGCUUGUAUGACAUCAGGGACAUCAGUGCAGUAUUUAUUAUAAUCCUCAGUAAUCUUUUAGAACAGAUCGAGUCCUCUUGAUUUACAGCAUCUUCCUCACUCAAACAUUUAUUUUGGUGUGCAAAAGUAGCCCAGUUAGCUGCAGGGAUGGGGGCAUCUUUUUGUUUCAGGUGGUGCGCAAGUUUAGAACAUCUGUCAGUUGAAUCCCAUACAGCGCUUUAAAGCAUAGACCCUGAACUCUGACGUCAUGUACAGCAUGUUACUGUAUAGCCACUGCGUUCCAAUGUAAGAAGUUAUCGGUGUCCAGAUCUAACAUUUACAACCCGUAUACGGGCUGGAGUGUAGAGGGUUAACAUCCCUGACUUGGAUGCACAACAGCAGCCAACCCCGAGGCUACGGCUGAGGACACAAACGCGUACAAGAAGUCCUGCUACGACCUCCGCAGAGCCAUCAACGAGGCAAAAGGACAAUAUUGGAACAAGGUGGAAUCCUAUUAUACCAGCUCCAACACGUGACAGUGGCUACAGUACAUAACGGAAUACAAAGGAAGCCGUGAUCUGCCCAAUGAUGCCUCGCUACAAGACAAACUCAAUGCCUUUUUUAUGCAGGCUUCAACAAAAACAACACAGAGCCCUGCAUGAGGGACCACACUAAUCCAGAGGACUGGGUGAUCUCUCUCUCUCUCCGAGGCUGACGUAAGGUUUUUAAACGUGUCAACACUCUUAAGGUCGCUGGGCCAGACGGUUUUCCGGUGCGUGUCCUCAAGGCAUGCGCAGGCCAGCUGGCAGGUGUCUUCACUGACAUUUUCAACCUCUCUUUGGCACAGUCUGUAAUCCCCACAUGUUUCAAGCUGACUACCAUCAUACCUGUUUCAAGCUGACUACCGCCCUGUAGAACUCAUAUCUGUAAUAACGAAGUACUUUGAAAGGAUGGUCAUGGCACACAUUAACUCAAUCAUCCCAGACACCCUGGACCCAUUACAAUUUGCAUAAUGCCCACUGACAACGCAAUCUCAAUUGCACUCCAUUUUGCCCUCUCCCACAUAGAAAAAAGGAACACAUACUAUGUGAGGACGCUGUUCGACUACAGUUAAGCGUUCAUCACCAUAGUACCCUCCAAGCUCGGGACCUUGGAACUGAACACCCACCUCUGCAACUGGAUCCUGGACUUCCUGAUGGAUCCAUCCCAGGUGGUAAGAGUAGGCAACAACACCUCCGCCACAUUGCCCCCCAGGGGUGUGUGCGCUUAGCUCCCUCCUGUACUCACUGUUCACCCACAACUGUGUGGCCACGCACAACUUCAACUCCAUCAAGUUUGCUGACUUGAUGGUUGUCGGCCUGAUCACCAACGGCGAUGAGACUGCCUACAGGGAGGUGGUCAGAGACCUGUCAGUGUGGGACCAGGACAACAACCUCUCCCUCAACGUCAGGAAGACCAAGGAGCUGAUUGUGGACUUCAGGAAGGAGGGGUGGGUGUACAUCCACAUCGACGGGGCCGCAGUACAGCGGGUCAAGAGCUUUAAGUUCCUUGGUGUCCACAUCACUGAGGACUUAACUUGGUCCUCUCACACCGGCACAAUCGUGAAGAAGGCAGUGCCGCUUCUCCCUCAGGAGGCUGAAAUGAUUUGGCAUAGCCCCUCAGAUCCUUAGGAACUUUUACAGCUGCUCCAUGGAGAGCAUCCUGACUGGUUGUAUCACCGUCUGGUAUGGCAACUGCACCGCCCUUGACAGGAACAGUCCAUGUCUCUCCUGCUGAAAGGUGAAUUCGUCGCCCAGUGUCUGGUGGAAAACAGACUGAACAAAGGUGUUCUUGUAGGCUCCAUUCAGUUUCUUUUUUUAUCCGGAAAAACUCCCCAGUCCUUAACGAUGACCCGUUAACAUGGCCCGAGACAUGGACUGUUCUCCGUGCUCCUGUCCGGCAGACUGUACCGGUGAAUCAAGGCUCAGACCAACAGACUCCUAAACAGCUUCUAUAUCGUGGCCAUAAGACUGUUAAAUGGCAAACAACUACUGCUUUAUUAUUACCACUACGCUGCUGUUCAUUGAUUGCCAUUACCUUUUUAGUAUCUAUCUAUUUUAUCCUGCUACCGGUCACUAUUACUCUUGUUUACAUGUAUAUAUUGCCACUAGUAUAUUACCAUAUGUAUUUAUAUAUUCCUACUACCAGUCACUUUUCAGCCCUGUUUACAUGUACAGUGCCUUGAGAAAGAAUUCACACCCCUUUACUUUUUUGACAUUUUGUUGUUAUAGCCUGAUUCAAUUGAGAUUGUUGUUGAUCUACACACAAUAUCCCAUAAUGUCAAAGUGGAAUUUUUGUAGAACAUUUUUGAAAUUAAUAAAAACAAUCUAAGCUGAAAUGUCUUGAGUCAAUAAGUAUUCAACCCCUUUGUUAUGACAAGCCUAAAUAAGUUCAGGAGUAAAAACGUGCUUAACAAAUCUCAUAAGUCGCAUGGACUCAUUCUGUGUUCAAUAAUAAUGGUUAACAUGAUUUUUGAAUGACUACCCAAUCUCUGUACCCCCACACAUACAAUUAUCUGUAAGGUAGUGAAUUUCAAGCACAGAUUGAACCACAAAGAACAGGGAGGUUUUUCAAUGCCUCGCAAAGAAGGAUGGUGAUUGGUAGAUGUGUAAAAAGCGGAUGCUAAAUAUCCCUUUGAGCAGGGUGAACUUAUGAAUUAUACUUUGGAUGGCGUAUCAAUACACCCAGUCACUACAAAGAUACAGGUGUCCUUUCUAACUCAGUUGCAGGAGAGGAAGGAAACUGUUCAGGGAUUUCAUGAGCCCAAUGGGGAUUUUAAAAACAGUUAGAGUUUAAUGGCUGUGAUAUGAGAACUGAGGCUGGAUCAACAUCAUUGUAGUUACUUCACAUUACUAACCUAAUGACAGAGUGAAAAUAAAGGAAGCCUGUACAUAAUUAAAAAAAAUCCAAAACAUGCCUAUUUGCAACCAGGCAGAAAAUGUGGCAAAGCCAUUAACUUUUUGUCCUAAAUAAAACAUCACUGAGUACCACUCUUCAUAUUUUCAAGCAUGGUGGUGGCUGCAUCAUGCUAUGGGUAUGCUUGUCAUCGUUAAGGACUGGGGAGUUUUUCCGGAUAAAAAAAGAAGCGAUGAAUUCACCUUUCAGCAGGACAAUAACCUAAAACAAGGUCAAAUCUAUACUGGAGUUGCUUACCAUGAAGACAGUGAAUGUUCCUGAGUGGCCGAGUUACAUAUUUGACUUAAAUCUAUGGCAAGACCUGAAAAAUGGUUGUCUAGCAAUGAUCAACAACCAAUUUGACAGCGAUUUGAAGAAUUAUGAAAAGAAUAAUGGGCAAAUGUUGCACAAUCCAUGUGUGGAAUGCUCUUAGAGACUUACCCCGAACGACUCGCUGUUCUAAUUACUGCCGAAGGUGCUAAUACAAAGUAUUGACUCGGGUGUGAAUACUUAACUAAACGAGAGAUUUCUGUAUUGCAUUUUCAAUAGAUUUGCAGACAUUUCUAACAGCGUUUUCACUCAUUAUGGGGUAUUGUGUGUAGAUGGGUGAGAAAAAAGUUCGAUUUAAUCCAUUUUGAAUACAGGCUUUAACACAACAAAAUGUGGGAUAAGUCAAGGGGUAUGAAUACUUUCUGAUGACACUGUCUCAUUCCGAGACGCUGUGUGCUAAUGCCUCAAUUGGUUAGCUCCGCUGUCGGUAAAUAAAAGGGUGGGCUGUAGGUUGAUUCUGCUGUUACGAUUGGAUAGCGUGCAGCUGUGCUGUAGGUUAAUUCUGUGGCUAUGUUCGGGUUGUGUGCAGCUGUGUUCCGAAUCAAUGAUUACUUGGGUACUGCUAGCCGCAAAUCUCAGUAUUGGAAGACUUUAUGACAAGUUCUACCACUUACACUUUUUAGUUAAUUUUGCAACUAGUACAGUUGUUUACGACUAUCAUGCACCAGUACUCAGUAUGGGUUAUUUCUAGUAGCAUCUUUGUUUAAGUUGUCCGUUCUCUCUCUUGCAGACCAGUUUCCGCAUCGCAGCUACAGGAGUUGUCCUUGACCUGGACAAAUCUGUGACCAUAGUCAAAAAGCUCAAGCUGAUUGGCUACCCAUACAAGAUCUACAAGAACACAUCCUUCAUCAAGGUAGGAUGCACCUCAUAGUAUUACUGACAUACCAAAGUUCAGCUACGAUAUGUCUUUUUUGUGGUAGACAUUUGAGGCAUUUGUUCAUCUGUUGUAGAACAGGAUAACAUAAACAUAACAGGAUAACAUAAAGUCUAACACUUUAUGGAAAAACUGUGUGUAAGUUAUGCUUUAUGAAUGUAUUCAUAUAUAAUUAAGGGUUCACAGCAAAGCUGUGUAACCUAUUGUUAUUCGCUGAAUUCUUUUUUUUCUUUUUUCUUUGACAUGGUCAAAUAACUCAAGCAUAGAUUGGUAACUUACUUUCUAAUUUGGCACACAGAAACUAGAGGCCAUGAGUAACUUGGUCAAAAAUAAUGCAAUUGAUUGGCCUAUAGGGUGCGCUGUUGUCAGCACUCAUUUAAACCCUCAUAUCCGCCACCAUGUUUGACCUAGAGACUUGAAACGGUUGUUGUCUUUCCUCAUGUAGGUGUCUAUCCUCAUGUUGAACAAAUUUGCCUCAAGGACCCAUAAGGUCCGUCGGGAUAGAUUUCCCUCCAUCUUGGGCAUUUUGGAAAAACGUAUUUUCAUGAAGCAAAAGUCAAAAUAACACCAAAGUAUGUAUGUAUGCAUGUAUGUAGGCCAAUGGUACAUCUCUUAACUUAAUUUGAGAAAAGAUAAGGGAUUGGUUUAGAGAUGGCUGGGUUAUUGAUAAAUCAGGAAAUCAGAGUUUAAAUCCUUUGUAAAUCCACUCCACCAGUGGCCUAUCAACUUUAAACCUUUUAGGGUCAUCAGUCAUUACCAUGAUGAACUUUGUUAAGUUUGUAAUUGAUAUCUUCAAAAAUAAGGAAACUAUUAACAAUUGACUAACUAUGUAACGUUAAAUGCUUAAAAUAACCAUAAAAAAUGUUCAUUGACUAAGUCAUAUUCACUCCAAAUGUGGUCUUUGGACUCAUCACAAUAGUCCCUAAAGAAUGAGAAAAUAACGUUGAUGCAUUCAAAGAUGGCCACACUAUACCAGUAGAUGCAUAUUAGCACUAAUAUGCUAAAAAAAACUGAACCAGAUUUUACGUGUCCAUUUCAAACCACUGUAAAUCCACUCCACAGUGGCUAUCACCUUGAAACUUGUAAUCGCUAUCAUGGACGUCCCUAAGAUGAAACGAACUGUAUUUGGUAUUGAUAUCUAAAAAAAACAAGGAAACCAUUAACAACUCAUUCUUUGCAUAUGUAACGCUAAUGCUCAAUCAUCUCCUCAUGAACCAUACAUCAGAUUCACUCCAGAUGUUUUAUUUCGACUCAUUACAUCAGUCUUCAAUGGAUUUGAGAAAAAUGUGUUGCUGCAUUCAUAUGGCUGCACUGUACCGAUAGAUGCACUUUAGCACAUUCUAAUGCUAAAAAUCCUUAAGUCAGACUGACUCCAGAUUUGGUAUAUAGAUGGGUUGGUUGUUAAGCAACAAAACCGACAUGCGCAGCUAUGGGCCAAAACAGAUGGGGUUGGCUUAGAUUGUUGACAUGUAAACUAUAUUUCUUCAAUGUUUAGUCUCUUAAAAACAUUGUUACAGUUGUUGGUUAGCUAGCUAGUGAAUUUUAGCCAUAUUAGCAUUGACAUGAAAUCAGUCAAAAGACCUCAAAACAAGACAUGGUAUCAAGAACAAGAUUAAACUAGCUGAAACGAGUCACUUACGAUUCCCCACAUGGCAGUUUGUUGGUAGCCAUCUGGCCAUCCAGAAUCACAAUAACUCACGGACUUCUACUCCAUUGACCCGUGCGCAUCGUUUUCGUGAUGUCAGCUAUCCCAUCUAUAGACUCAAUGAAUUAGCCUCUAAUGAAUUUGAGAAUGAUUAGUUGCUGUAUUCAAAGUCAGCCCGCUACACCACUAAUGGCCCAUAUCACACCAGGGCUACAGUGCAUUCGGGAAGUAUUCAGACCCCUUGACUUUUUACACAUUUUGUUACGUUAGUCUUAUUCUAAAAUUGAUGAAGAAAAAAUUACGAAUGUAAUCAAUCUACACACAAUACCCCAUAAUGACAAAGCAAAAACAGGAUUUUCAAUUUUUUUGCAAAUGUAUAAAAUUAAAUAAUAACUCACAUUUACAUAAGUAUUCAGACCCUUUACUCAGUUCUUUGUUGAAGCACCUUUGGCAGUGAUUACAGCCUCAAGUCUUCUUGAGUAUGACGCUACAAGCUUGGCACACCCGUGUUUGGGGAGUUUCUCCCAUUCUUCUCUGAAGAUCCUCUCAAGCUCUGUCAGGUUGGAUGGGGAGCGAUGCUGCACAACUAUUUUCAGGUCUCUCCAGAGAUGUUCGAUUGGGUUCAAGUCCGGGCUCUGGCUGGGCCACUCAAGGACAUUCAGAGACUUGUCCCGAAGCCACUCCUGCAUUGUCUUGGCCUGUGUGCUUAGGGUCGUUGUCCUGUUGGAAGGUGAACCUUCGCCCGAGUCUGAGGUCCUGAGCGCUCUGGAGCAGGUUUUCAUCAAGGAUCUCUCUGUACUUUGCUCCGUUCAUCUUUGCCUCACACCUUACUAGUCUCACAGUCCCUGCCGCUGAAAAACAUCCCCACACCAUGAUGCUUCCACCACCAUGCUUCACCGUAGGGAUGGUGCCAGGUUUCCUCCAGACGUGACGCUUGGCAUCCAGGCCAAAGAGUUCAAUCUUGGUUUCAUCAGACCAGAUAAUCUUGUUUAUCAUGGUCUGAGAGUCCUUUAGGUGCCUUUUGGCAAACUCCAAGCGGGCUGUCAUGUGUCUUUUUACUGAGGAGUGGCUUCCGUCUGGCCACUCUACCAUAAAGGCCUAAUUGGUGGAGUGCUGCAAAGAUUGGUUGUCCUUCUGGAAGGUCUUCCCAUCUCCACAGAGGAACUCUAGACCUCUGUCAGAGUGACCAUUGGGUUCUUGGUCACCUCGCUGACCAAGGCCCUUCUCCCUCGAUUGCUCAGUUUGUCCGGGCAGCCAGCUCUAGGAAGAGUCUUGGUGGUUCCAAACUUCUUCCAUUUAAGAAUGAUGGAGGCCACUGUGGUCUUGGGGACCUUCAAUGCUGCAGAAAUGUUUUGGUACCCUUCCCCAGAUCUGUCUCUCGACACAAUCCUGUCUCUGAGCUCUAUGGACAAUUCCUUUGACCUAAUGGCUUGGUUUUUGCUCUGACAUUCACUGUCAACUGUGGGACCUUAUAUAGACAAGUGUGUGCCUUUCCAAAUCAUGUCCAAUCAAUUGAAUUUACCACAGGUGGACUCCAAGUUGUAGAAACAUCUCAAGGAUGAUAAAUCAAAACAGGAUGCACCUGAGCUCAAUUUCAAGUCUCAUAGCAAAUACUUAUGUAAAUAAGGUCUAAAAACCUGUUUUCACUUUGUCAUUAUGGGGUGUUGUGUGUGUGUGUAGAUUGCUGAGGAAUUUUUUGUAUUUAAUCCAUUUUAGAAUAAGACUAACGUAACAAAAUGUGGAAAAAGUCAAGGUCUGAAUAGUUUCUGAAGGCACUGUAUAAGAACUGAACCGAUGAACAUGGUGCCAUGAAAUUUGGUAUGUGAACCUUAUGUAUAUGUCCUUAUAAGUUGUGUGAAUAUAAAGUUACUGCAACCUUAGAUGGCUGCACUAGAUCAGUUGGUCGAACUAUAGAUGUCAUUGGCACUAGUGGCACCAUAGGAUACUAGAGCAUUAACUAUUGAUCAAGUGGAUUUUGUUUCAUGCAAAUUAAUGUUAGAUUUAAAUUAUACAACAAACAAUGUGAAAUAUCGUGAUUAGUAUAUCUGUACGAUCACAUAUAGUUGCCCUAUUAUGUGGUCUGAAUGUAGUGAAAAGUAGAUAUUUUAUCCGGGGAAAACCGGAAGUCCUGCCGCUUGCACAGUCAGUGUAUUACAGCAUACAUACGUAUUACAGUAUUUUGGAACACUAAUGUGGCGUGUACCAACUGAGAUUUAAAUAAUUUACACAAACAGAUCCUAGAUCAGCCCUAAUACUCUGAAAGUAUGAAUGAGACUCGGGUCCCCAAAAAACAUGUAAGAAAAGUUGAGCUUUACACCUCUGUUUUGUUCCCAGGGGAUGUUCAACACCGUGCUGGAGGUUGCGAAAUUCGAGGGGGCUUCCAUCCGAACAGUCAGCGGGGUCAGAGGUCAAAUUAAGAAGGCCCUGUCGACGCCGGCGGGAGCCUACAGAGCCACGUUCGAAGACAGGCUGCUGAUGAGUGGUGAGGAACUGGCGCAGUGUAGAGCAUUUCAUAGUCCCAAAAACAACCCAUAGCCCCCUUACCCUACCCUCUAUGCGCUUGUGGAGAUCUGAAGGAUUGGAUAGGUGAAAGUAAUAUGGUGAAAAUUCCAGGAGAAGUAGGAUUUAUACAAUUUGACUAAUUAUUGUAUUGCCUGCAGCAGGCUGCUCCUACUGUUUUGGUUGCACAUUUCAUGGAAGCUUCAUGGACGUUUCAGUAAUUUGCAAGGAAUACUGCCUACAGUGGGGGGAAAAAGUAUUUAGUCAGCCACCAAUUGUGCAAGUUCUCCCACUUAAAAAGAUGAGAGAGGCCUGUAAUUUUCAUCAUAGGUACACGUCAACUAUGACAGACAAAAUGAGAAAAAGAAUUACAGAAAAUCACAUUGUAGGAUUUUUAAUGAAUUUAUUGCAAAUGAUGGUGGAAAAUAAUUAUUUGGUCAAUAACAAAAGUUUCUCAAUACUUUUAUAUACCCUUUGUUGGCAAUGACACAGGUCAAACGUUUUCUGUAAGUCUUCACAAGGUUUUCACACACUGUUGCUGGUAUUUUGGCCCAUUCCUCCAUGCAGAUCUCCUCUAGAGCAGUGAUGUUUUGGGGCUGUCGCUGGGCAACACAGACUUUCAACUCCCUCCAAAGAUUUUCUAUGGGGUUGAGAUCUGGAGACUGGCUAGGCCACUCCAGGACCUUGAAAUGCUUCUUACGAAGCCACUCCUUUGUUGCCCAGGACGGUGUGUUUGGGAUAAUUGUCAUGCUGAAAGACCCAGCCACAUUUAAUCUUCAAUGCCCUUGCUGAUGGAAGGAGGUUUUCACUCAAAAUCUCACGAUACAUGGCCCCAUUAUUCUUUCCUUUACACGGAUCAGUCGUCCUGGUCCCUUUGCAGAAAAAGCAGCCCCAAAGCAUGAUGUUUCCACCCCCAUGCUUCACAGUAUGUAUGGUGUUCUUUGGAUGCAACUCAGCAUUCUUUGUCCUCCAAACACGACGAGUUGAGUUUUUACCAAAAAGUUAUAUUUUGGUUUCAUCUGACCAUAUGACAUUCUCCCAAUCCUCUUCUGGAUCAUCCAAAUGCACUCUAGCAAACUUCAGAAGGGCCUGGACAUGUACUGGCUUAAGCAGGGGGACACGUCUGGCACUGCAGGAUUUGAGUCCAUGGCGGCGUAGUGUGUUACUGAUGGUAGGCUUUGUUACUUUGGUCCCAGCUCUCUGCAGGUCAUUCACUAGGUCCCCCCCGUGUGGUUCUGGGAUUUUUGCUCACCGUUCUUGUGAUCAUUUUGACCCCACGGGGUGAGAUCUUGCGUGGAGCCCCAGAUCGAGGGAGAUUAUCAGUGGUCUUGUAUGUCUAAUAAUUGCUCCCACAGUUGAUUUCUUCAAACCAAGCUGCUUACCUAUUGCAUAUUCAGUCUUCCCAGCGUGGUGCAGGUCUACAAUUUUGUUUCUGGUGUCCUUUGACAGCUCUUUGGUCUUGGCCAUAGUGGAGUUUGGAGUGUUGACUGUUUGAGGUUGUGGACAGGUGUCUUUUAUACUGCUAACAAGUUCAAACAGGUGCCAUUAAUACAGGUAACGAGUGGAGGACAGAGGAGCCUCUUAAAGAAGAAGUUACAGGUCUGUGAGAGCCAGAAAUCUUGCUUGUUUGUAGGUGACCAAAUACUUAUUUUCCACCAUAAUUUGCAAAUAAAUUCAUUAAAAAUCCUACAAUGUGAUUUUCUGGGGGAAAAAAAUCUCAAUUUGUCUGUCAUAGUUGACGUGUACCUAUGAUGAAAAUUACAGGCGCCUCUCAUCUUUUUAAGUGGGAGAACUUGCACAAUUGGUGGCUGACUAAAUACUUUUUUCCCCCACUGUAUAUGUCCUUAUAAGUUGUGUGAAUAUGAAGUUACUGCAACCUUAGAUGGCUGUACUAGAUCAGUUGGUGGAACUAUAGAUGUCAUUGGCACUAGUGGCACCAUAGGAUACUAGAGCAUUAACUAUUGAUCAAGUGGAUUUUGUUUCAUGCGAAUUAAUGUUAGAUUUAAAUUAUGCAGACGAACAAUGUGAAAUAUCGUGAUUAGUAUAUCUGUAUGAUCACAUAUAGUUACCCUAUUAUGUGGUCUGAAUGUAGUGAAAAGUGGGUAUUUUAUCCGGGGAAAACCGGAAGUCCUGCUGCUUGCACAGUCAGCGUAUUACAGCAUACAUACGUAUUACAGUAUUUGUGGAACAGUUUCAUUUAUAAUAAUGUAUUUGUAUCCCAAAAUCAUUGUCAUGUGGUUAAUCAAAAUUCUAUCUAAAUGAAAAUGAUACAAACCUAAAAAGUAACUUCUGCCAUUGCCAAUUAUGUAAAAAUAGCCUAUAAAGCCAACAAAUAAUAACAUUGCAGCCUGCAGGUAGAAAAUAUCCUGAUUUAAAAAAUAAAUAUCCUAUAAAUCACAUUGGCUAUGCAUGGCCUAACUGCAACGAACUUGAAACAUUGUAUCAACUAUUAACUUGGGCCCAGUCUGAAGCGCCUUGCAAUAUUGUAAAAAAUAUUCUGGGCACCGAGGCAGUGUCUAGACUUGACAGUUCAUACAGCUUUAGUAUUCUGAUCAUAGCGUUCUGUUCAUGGAAUUCUGAACGCGUCAUGUGUCUACGCCUACAUUUUAAACGUGGCCACAGUCUGUCCGGAUUCCCUAUUCCCGCACUAUAUUCAAAUGCCAGUAUGCAUUCUACAAACGGCGUACAUUUCACCCCAUGGGUCUCCCGAUCGCAGCCGGCUACGACAGAGCCUGGAUUCGAACCAGGAUCUCUAGCGGCACAGCUAGCACUGCGAUGCAGUGCCUUAGACCACUGCGCCACUCGGGAGAAUAUUAGGCCAGUAAACACGUUCCUCACACGCUAGGAACGUAUUUCCUCCAACGUUAUAAUGAAAAGGUGCCUCGGUCCUAAAACAGAAUUUUAGUAUUGUUGAGACUGUUGGGAGGAGUGCUGAUGACUUCGCCCGCUGUAUGCGCUUUUGGUAGCCUGAUUGCGUCCAGACUGAGAAAUCCACACACAAUGCAGCCUGACCACCUUCUGAUGUGGUCAGCCAGAUCUGAAUACAAUCAGACCACAAAGCGACUUUUGUGCGUCUAGACCAGUCUUUUAAAUGCAGUCUUUGUAUUCUGAUAGCAGAAGUCGCAUAUAAGUGUCAAGUGUAGACACGACCAGAGUUUCCUGCGCCUGUGAGCUCGACACAGGAAUUGUCAUUCUCAAUGGAUGUAAAAACAGACUUUGUUUGCGAAGAAAACAUUACUUUGAGAAGCUCCACAGCUCAUUAGUGGUGGUGCAUUAAGCCAAUCAGAAAUACUAUCAGAUCCCCAAAUGGGCACAUUAAUAUGCCUACAUUUGCGAGCCGGCCAGGUAGCCAAUACGCCUACUUCUAUACAUAAAUCAGGUGCGCGUCCUUACUCAACAUUGGCAGGCGCACUCCAAACAAAAGACAAUGACUAAAUUGACAAAACUCGUAAAUGGAAUGAAAUAAAUCAAAACUUGUUUCUCACAGGUGUUGCAUAGGUUGUGGGCUCUGAAAACAACGUGUCCACUCCGACAAUGAUUUGUCUCGCCCUCCGCAAUGGAUUAAUUCACUGAGAUGGGUGUGAAUAAGACAGGUGUCUCGUGUGCCAUAAAAACGAUAUAUAUAUAUAUUUGCAAAAAAAAUUGAAUGUUAUUAAUUACGUGUGUGUGUGUGUGUAGACAUUGUGUUCCUGCGCUCCUGGUACCCGGUGUCAGUCCCUCAGCUCUACAACCCUGUGACAUCCCUGCUGAUGCCAGCGGGCCAGAAGGACAGCUGGUCGGGCAUGAGGACGGUGGGCCAGCUCAAACACGACCUGGGGAUCCGCAACAAGCCCAACACAGACUCACUGUACAAGGUAAGGACAGACCGACGAGGUGGCAGCCAGAAUACAUAGAGAAAAAAGGAAUGUCCGCUAACUGUUCUGCUGCUCCCAAACAUGACCCUAAUUCUAAACCUAACCGUAACCCAGCAAGCAGUUGCAUAUCAACAGAUAGUUUGACCAUCUGUAAGAUGAUCUAUAGGGGACUAUCCAAAUAAAGUGUGACCUGAUAUUUUGAUGAAGCUCAAUUGAUUAAAUAUGGAGGCAGUUAGACUAUCAACCGUUUAUUAGUCCAACUCGGAAAAGCAACUCACAAAUGUCAAACACGUUAACUCUGAAUCAUACACAUGAGAUUUAAAUUGGUUGCCUGUGUGUGUUUGCUCUUCAAGGGGCUGAUGUUCAUUUGAUACAAUUUCCUACACAUAGAUUUUAUCAUAUGAAGUAGUAUUUUGGAAUAAAAACUGCAAUGUUCACAUGGGGCAUUUUAGGUAUUUUGGGUGAAUAACAUAACUUAAAAAUGGAGCAUAGCAAAAAAGAACACCACACAGAUUUUUGGAUACAAUGUUAAUAUCCUACUUCUACAUUUUCAGUGAAAAAUCACUACAACUAAGCAACCACUGUUGCUUGUGCAUUAGCUGUCACCUUGAUAUAUUGGCUACACUAGCGAGCUGACUACUUCCCUCGCCAUAAUGUCAAAGGAUCUGUGGGCGGCAGGUAGCUUAGUGGUUAAGAGCGUUGUGCCAGUAACCGAAAGGUCGCUGGUUCUAAUCCCUGAGUCGACUAGGUGAAAAAUCUGUCGAGGUGCCCUUGAGCAAGGCACUUAACCCUAAUUGCUCCUGUAAGUCGCUCAAGAGCGUCUGCUAAAUUACUAAAAUGUAAGCUGUGCUCAGCAGAUGGGGCGAAGGACACUGUCCCGGUGUUGUGAAACACCUGCUUGCCAUGCAUGCUCUCCCCACUGAGUAGACUGUAUCACGCGGUGACAUCCAGGUGGUUACCAAUAUAAGUUAUUUCUCAUAAAGGCUGCUAUCCUACUUGGAAUAAAAAACUUGGAGCAAAACAUUUGGCUACGUUAGCUAACACCAUACAGCUGCCCAGUGGGAAGCACCUCUGGUUGGCAGGCACCUCGAUACAUCACCUGUGCACUGGUCAUUCACACAGGCUUGUCGUCGUUCUUCCCAAGGAAUGUCACUGUGACAUCCAUGGUGACCAAUAUUACAAGUUAUUUUUUAGCUCGCCCAUCAAAAUAAACAUACCUCUUUAACUAGCGUCCGGCAUUUAAUGUCUGUUUUAUGUAUGUGAAACCGAAGGCAACUUUCCACAUUGCGUGGACAGUAAAAUGUGUCUAAAUGUAAUUUCACCACCCGUGCUGUUGGUGGUGGUAACGCACCAUCUUCUCUGGCACCAUUUGACAUCUGUCCUCCGCUCCAAUGUCUCACAGCGUCUGUAGUCAGAGAAGUUAUCUGCUGAAGCCAGUCUAUUGGCCUGGUUGGAUUCUGAACCUCUGACCUAACCCUUGACCCUUUCUCCCCCCUUGGCAGCCGGUGGUGCGAGCGCAGCGCCACUUCAACAAGCUGCACAUCCCCAGGCAGCUGCAGAAGGCAUUGCCCUUCAAGAGCAAGCCCAAACAGGACCAGCCCAAGGGCAAGACGCCCAAGGACCUCCAGAGGCCCGCUGUCAUACGGGAGCCCCAUGAGAGGAAGGUAAGGGUCUCCUUACGGAAAGGAUAAUUAAAAAUCCCCUUUGGAUUGCAUUCUGUGAUGUUUGUCAGAUUCUUAUUAUCUAAAUCAAUGUGUAAAAGCUGGGCUGUAACAACCUACACACUGUUGCCUCCCCCAUAAUAUAUGGGGUGCGCACACAUCAAUAACUGUAUAUAUGAAUGGACAAAGCCAUUGAUCACGUGACACCAUUCAUUCCUAUGUGAAGACUCAAUAGCGCAUUGAAGCCAAAUGAAGUCAGUUAAAUUGGCGUCUCAUGGAGACAUAACAUGCUCAGUUUGAGCAACUCCAGGAAGUGACGUUGCAGGCUAGCUCAGUGCUGCCUCAUUGAGUAACUCAAGUUGAAGGACGACCAGGGUACUGCAGGCUGCCAUUAGCAACUAAAUUAUCCUUAUAACUUGUGUGCGAUUUUAAAAUAAUAGUUUCAAGGACAUACAACUGGUGUAUUCUAAGCAAUUAUUGGUACCAUGAUUCUCUUAGAAUUUUUUUUUUUUUUACACUAAGAUGGACCACGAAGAUCGCAAUUUUCUGCCAACAAUGCCUGCAGUACCGCAAUCAGCCUUGAAUUUUUGUUGCUUCAAUGACUGCCCCUGACACACAAAUGACACUGCAUUUGAAAUCUGAGCAUGUGCCCUCUUGUCCACCAGGUGGCGGCGCUGCUCAACGCACUGAGCACGGUGCACAACUACAAGAGCAAGAAAGCGCACACGGCGCAGCAUGCCAAGCACAAGGACUUCCUGCGGCAACGGGACAAGGCGGAGGAGGACAAGCUCAAGAGGCAGAAGGAGGCGAAGAAGAAGCUUUACCGUAUGAUGGGCCAGAAGGAGAAGAAGAGGCAGAGGUCCAGUCUGAAAGGGGCGCCGCAGGAUGACUGAUUUUAUGUCAAUAUGACUCUCUUAAAGGCCAGUGUAAUAACUUUAAGGCCUACCAAUGGAAUGGAAUAAUCCCCUGUUUAAGCAUAACCUGUUGGUCUGCAGUGGAGUAGGGUGAAAUUGCCCCUAGACACUAAUCUUGGGUCAGUUUUAGCAUUUUCCCCGCUAAUGGUUAAAGGGAUACUUCGGGAUUU